UUGUAGAUAAGAAAAUAAAUGAAAUUAAAUUGUUUUUUUCACCGUGUACAUUGUAUUUCAGACUUCAAUAAUUAUAAUUGUUGUUGUUGUCGUACUUGUUUAAUUGUUUAGUGUUUAGCUGCCAGCAAUUUCUCUAUUGACGUUUAUUUAUUUCAUACGUGUGAAUUUUUAAAUAAAUAAAACUAUUACAAAACUAAACAUAGCGUUUCAGAAUGGCUCAACCUCCAAGUGGAAUGCCACCUCAAGCAUACUUGUUGGAAAUGUUUCAGAAAUUAGAUAAAGACCAAAGUGGUUCCAUUACAGCUAAUGAAUUACAAAGUGCUCUAUCAAAUGGCACGUGGACGCCUUUCAACCCGGAGACGGUUCGUUUAAUGUUGAACAUGUUUGACAAGUCAAAUAAAGGCACUAUAUCAUUUGAAGAUUUUGGCGCAUUAUGGAAGUAUAUUGUAGAUUGGCAAAAUUGCUUUCGUUCUUUUGAUAAAGAUAAUUCAGGAAACAUAGACAAAAAUGAACUUCGAGCUGCAUUACAAACAUUUGGAUACAAUUUAAAUGAUGCUACCGUUACUACAAUGUUGCAAAAAUUUGAUAGAAUUGGAAAGGGGACUGUACUAUUUGAUGAUUUCAUACAAUGUUGCAUCAUGCUUAAUAAUCUAACUACAGCAUUCCGCCAAUUUGAUACUGAUCAAGAUGGAGUAGUCACAUUGCAUUAUGAACAAUUCGUUGGGCUUGUGUUUAGUAUUAAAUAAGUCAUUUAAUAUUUUUUACAAUUUAUAUUUUAUUUUCUAUGCUGUGUAUAUUUUUUUUUUUUUGGAAAUAUAUUUGCCCCAAACUCAAUUAUACGAAAGAGGAAUUUUUAUUUUUAUAAGAUAAAUAAAAUAUAAUUGAUCUUAAACUGCUCUUACUGUUAAAAAUUAAAAUUAAUUAGUAAACAAUUCCAUACAUGUUGUGAUAUUAUAAACAAACUUAUCUUAACAAUAAAAAAAAAAAUUUUAAUA